CUAAUGGAGGGAGAGGAGACGGCCAGGGCAGCCAUGCCGAGGCCGAGCCGUCUGACCUCUCUUCAGGAGCAGAUGAUCUGGGCCCUGCUGGAAUCUGGACUGUCCCGGGACGUCCUGGUCCAAGCCCUGGGGGAACUGGAGCAGGACAGGACAAGUGCUGGUGCUGAAAAGGGAGAGAGGGGGGACGGCGAGAGCUCAGAGGAAGGAGAAAUGGAUUUCCCACCGCCUAUAUUCCGAGAGCUGGAGAAGCUUUCCCCAGAGGAGGCGGCCAAACUGAGGGUUGAAGUCGACCAGCUCCUGCAGGAGGACCCCUGGCAUGUUGCAAAAAUUGUGAAAAGCUACAUGCAGCAGCACAAUCUCCCUCAGAGAGAGGUGGUGGAGUCCACAGGGCUCAACCAGUCCCACCUCUCCCAGCACCUCAACAAGGGCACGCCAAUGAAGAACCAGAAGAGAGCGUCUCUGUACAGCUGGUACGUCAAGAAGCAGGGCGAGAUCAGCCAGCAAUUUACCAAUGCCAAACAUGGCAUUGCAUCGUUGGAUGAGCAAGAGGAGGUGAAGAAAGGACGGAGGAACAGAUUCAAGUGGGGUCCGGCAUCCCUGCAGAUCCUUUUCCAUGCCUACGAACGACAGAAGAACCCCAGCAAGGAGGAGAGAGAGGGGUUGGUGGAGGAGUGUAACAGGGCAGAGUGUAUCCAGAGAGGAGUCUCCCCCUCUCAGCUUGCUGGAUUGGGCUCCAACCUGGUUACUGAAGUUCGGGUGUACAACUGGUUUGCAAACCGCAGAAAAGAGGAGGCCUUCCGUCACAAACUGGCCCUCGACACGCCUUUCACCAACCAAUCUGCCUCAUCCUCUAACCUCAACCUUUCAAGCCCGGACCAUGGUGUGAAAUACAGCCAGCAAAUCCUGUGUGACACUAUGAGCUCAGCCAGGGGUAGCGGAGGAGAGAGAGUGGGCCGUCUACUGGUCAGCCCUGUCCAACUGGAGCCCAGCCACACACUCCUCGAGACGCAUAACCACAAGCCUGUGUCCAGCAGUGGCCCACUGCCGCCAGUAAGCACUCUGACCUCCCUCCACAGUCUGUCUUCCUCCUCUGCUUCUUCCCAGAGCCUCAUCAUGGCCUCACUGCCCAGCGUCAUGAGCCUGGGGGAGUCCUCACUCCUCAUUGGUUUAGCCUCCACGCAGCCGCAGGCCGUACCCAUCAUAAACAAUGUGGGGGGUGGUUUCACAACGCUUCAGCCAAUCUCAUUCCAGCAGCAGCUUCAAGCCUCUUCACAGCUGCCAAUAUCACACCUUCAGAGCCAUAUGUGUGCCAGUCCGUUCAUGGCCACCAUGACACAGCUGCCCUGUCACAUGUACAGCAAGUCCGAUUCACCACAGUACCACACGUCCAGUCUGCUGUCACAAACCAUGGUCAUCACUGACGGCAGCAGCCUGGGGAAUCUGACCAGCCUCUCCACUGUCAGGCCGAUUCUAACCGAGGAUCCUGAGGAACAGACGGACCCGAAUUUACAGGAAGAGUCUCUGCACCUGCAGCCUCACACACCUGUGCCAGCUGCAUCUUCCCAGAGCCUGGAGCUGUACCCUGCGUCUCAGACGACAGACAGUCACCAGUCUCAUCUCCUCUCACCUUCACCAACAGAUAUCAGCUCCUACAUCCCUACACAAAUGGUCUCCACAGCACAGUAGCAGUGCUCAGGUAAUGCAGGGCCUCCUCACUAUGAGUUGGACUGAUAGAGUUUUGUGAUGAGCAGCUACCUCUGGGGUACGUCUCCAGAGAAACCUGGAGCCGGGGGCUGAGGAGGACGAUUCAGCUUUGAUGUUUCAAAGACUCUCUGACUCGACUGUAAAAGGAACAAGGAUCCACAUUAGAGAAGAUUUAAUACAAGAGACAAUCAACUGAAAAAUCAACAGCAAAAUGUAUUUUUAUCCAACUUUUUUGUAUUAUUCAGUAAUGGACAAUUUGUAAUCCACACUUUACCCACAUUUUUAUUAUUUCUUUUUAUCUCUGCCUUCAAAUGUGUUUUCACACUUCAAUGAGUCUCUUUCAUGACAAAUUGUGGUAAUUUCCAGUAUAACCAUGGCAAUAAUAUUAAAAUAUUUUGAAUUAUA